CAGGUACGAGGAAGGCAGCCGUGAGCUAUGGGAGAGUAUGGGCAUUCACUUCUUCGACACGUACGUAGGUGCGGCUGUUGCUGCCUUUGAACAAGGGUUGAUCUCGGUCAGUGGUCUGGAGAGUAUCGCCAGAAAGGCUCGAAGUGCGUUGGUUGCCACACUGGAUAAGGCGCCGCUAACGGGCAGAAGUGGCUGGUCGCCGGAGAAACGGCGGGCGUGGUGUGAAAUGUUCAACGACGACUUGGCACUGUGCAACGGACAUCUCCCGUUCGAUGAGAUUGAGGAGGUGCCUCUGCCCGAAGUGGUCACAGAAGCCGUGGCUGAGGCUGUCGACACGUUGGCCGCCACUCGGGACACUACGGACGCCCUGAAACCCGUCGAAUCCAUCCCCUUCAGCGAAACACCGCUACCGGCGCAAGCCCUACCUACACACGAGGCACCGAGCAAAGCUGCCGAACCUUCACAGGCACUAUCAGCACCCGCAGGCGCCCCUGCCCCAGCCACAACACCUCCGGUGUUGGCAACGACCGUGGAUACGGUUUCCAAGGCAACGGCGGAAUUGCAGACGGUUGUUGAUAGGGCCACUGAAGCCAAGGUUGCGGCAGACGGCCAGGCGGGGCUGAACGAGACCGAGAAAGCGGCUGUGAGAACGGAGGUACUUAUGGCCAUGAAGGAUGUGCUGAUGACGCUGCUACCUAAACGAUACAGCACCGCCAGUGGCGAGAGCCUCCCUCUGGCCGAAGCACCCGCCAACACCACGGCAACCGAACUCGCAGGCCCAGGUGCGGCUGCAAGUGGCGCAGGUACCACUUCUACUACACAGUGUGGGGCAACCUUGGCCCUGGACAGGCAGUUGGGUGCCUCGGAGACGACGCAGGCAGCACCGGCAGACGGUAUGGAGCCAUUGGCCACCAUACACUCGGUUGGAGACUCGGGCCUCUUAUCUACCGCCCUGACGCCAAGCACAACCCCACGUGAACCAGGCAGUGAGGGAGAGGAUGAUGAUAUACAGACCUCGGUCCCAUCUGCGCCCGUUUUUGAGAGUAUAACGACUGAGAGUGUCCCGGAUGAUGAGGGCACAGGACCGGUCCCACAGCCCGAGGUCGGGGACAGCACGAGCCAGUUGCAGCAGGCGUUGGCGGCUGUGGGAGAAAUGGUGGGGAUGGUCAGUGAUCUGACGGGGUCUACGGCCAACAAACCAGAAGCAAGCACGCAUACCAGCAUAGCGGAAACAGGUGCAGCUAGUCCUAGAGGCGAUGAGACACCUGCACCUGGUGUGGCGGAUGAGGACCGCACGAAUACGAUGGACAUACCUACAAAGCCGAGUGCACAGGCGGGUGGGGCUCAACCUGUACAGGUGGACGGGGCUGAGAAAGAGAAUGUUGCAGAACAAGUGGAGGUGAGAGUAGAUACAGAUCACGCUGCUGAGGAAACGGGCCAAUCAGAAGGAGCCGCUGACAAAACAAACGAAUCAGAACACGAGGGCGAUAAAGUAGACGUGCCGAUUGGUGUGCGGGAGGCGGUUACUGAGUUGGCCAAGAACGCAGUGAAGACGCCAGAGGCCGACACACAACCUUAGUGUAUCGGAGACAGGAUUCUGCUAUUGCUAUAUUAUUAGAACACAGCUGUAUAAUUAGGAAAUGGAUUUUGUAAUUAAAAAAAAGCUACAAUAGGCCGAUUUAUAAACAAGCCCUGGCAGCCAGAACUCUGGAGAGCCAGUGCAUACUGUCUGUCUAUAGACUACAUACAAGUGAAGUGGGAUAAAGCAAUAUAGACUACAUACAAGUGAAGUG